GUGAGAUGUCUAUCUGCUCCGCACAUUACUCACACUCCGCACUGAGAACAAGCAGCUGUGGGAAAGGAAGCUCAUUGACUUGUAGCUAAAGAAUAACCCGCCGAGCACAGGAAAUCCCCGACAGACACAACGUGUUACUUUCCAGUACCAUGAGUGAGAGUGCCGAGUCCUCCCAGCACACUGUACGCUCGGCUCUCAGGACUCUCUAUGGGGCUCUCUGUACAUGAUCUCCAUCCAUAAGGGGGCUGUUCGCUGGGAUUGGCAUUACAACGUUCCUGGUGUGUUCCCUUCUCCAUCUUUAUUGUUUCCCAUCUCUAUCCUCAUUGAGUUUCCCAUCUCUAUCCUCAUUGAGAGUUUCCCAUCUCUAUCCUCAUUGAGAGUUUCCCAUCUCUAUCCUCAUUGAGUGUGUGAUCUGAAGAUCUCAUCUGUGGACUUGUAUAGAGGAAUGAUGGAUAGAAGCAGCCUGGUCACCCAAACUAUGACCAUCAUCAGGACUGAACCCUUCAAUGAUAACUACAGAGUGGUGGGCAAGGAGCUGGGAAGGGGGAAGUUUGCAGUGGUCAAAAAAUGUGUAGAAUUAGUGACCGGGAAAGAAUACGCAGCAAAAUUUCUGAGAAAGCGCAGGAAAGGGGAAGAUUGCCGCAUUGACAUCAUCAACGAGAUUGCUGUGUUGGAAAUGGCCCGCUUCUCACCUUAUGUGGUGGAUCUUCAUGAGGUCUAUGAGACAAACAAUGAAAUCAUUCUGGUUAUGGAAUAUGCGGCCGGUGGUGAAAUCUUCAAUCAGUGUGUAGCAGACCAAGAUGAAGCUUUCACAGAAAAGGAUGUCAUUCGGCUCAUCUGCCAGAUCCUGCAAGGCGUGUUUUACCUUCACCGAAAUAACGUUGUCCACUUAGACUUAAAGCCACAGAAUAUCUUACUUACCAGCAGCAAUCCGCUGGGCGACAUCCGUAUUUUAGACUUUGGCCUUUCCAGGCACGUGGACACCAUUAAGGAGGUUCGGGAGAUAUUGGGCACACCGGAGUAUGUAGCUCCAGAAGUGCUCAGCUAUGAACCAAUCAGCACAGCAACUGAUAUGUGGAGUAUAGGAGUGCUGACAUAUGUCAUGCUUACUGGAAUUUCACCAUUUUUGGGAGACAGCAAGCAGGAGACAUUCCUGAAUAUCUCAAAAGUGGCCAUUGAGUACCCCCAGGAGGAUUUUGAGGGAAUCUCUGAACAAGCAAUUGACUUCAUUAAGAGUCUUCUAAUCAAGAACCCAAGAAAGAGAGCCCGUGCUGACCAGUGUCUUAAACAUGCGUGGCUGAUCCCAUGUCAGGAACCAGAGGCGCAAAAAGACAAAACUUUUGAGCCAAGUGAAAGCCAAGUGGAGACCCCUGAGACAACAGAGAAAAUGAUGUUGUUGGCCUCAUACGCUGUGCACUGUCCAUGUAGAGAAACCAUAGAGACUGACCUGAAAAGUACGAGGAACCAGUUUACAGCUCUGAAGGAAAUUCAUCCAGAGGUUGUGUGUUAAUAGAGAAAUUGCACACCAAAAGUGGGACUAAUCUCCAAGUUUGGAGUGCCACACGCACCAGGUUUCUGCUCUGCCAUGAAUGAAACGGGUACCUUUUGAAAAAUAAUCUGAUCUGUCUGAUUUGACUCUUCAGUUUCUGUGGCCUUGUUAUGUGUGGAAAUACUUGAGCAUAGAGCUGUGCAUAUAAAGGAGUCAUCACUGGCUUUUUCAGCACUUGUUAUACAUUUGAAGGCUAAGACAACCUUCUAUGGAAAUUAGAAAAGAACAAACAUUUCUCAUGAAAGCUUUUUCCAAAUGGCUUGGACAUGGCGCAGAGACAUAGUAUUUGUACUGAUCUACCUAUACUAAGCUCAUUAUAGGUCCAUGAUCCAGGACUGAACACAAAGGCUGGCGUUUGCCGAUAUUUUAUGACACCCAAUUAUUUACAGAUAAUACUUUUAUUGCACUUGGGAAUAUUUCUGUAACUGUGGGACAGGGAAAGCCUAUUUGUACUGUAAAAGAGUAACUUUCUUUUAAAAAGAAUGAAAUUUAGAGUAUGUGUUGAAGCUAGAAUUAUAACUUUUAGAUGCCGAUCUAGAAUCACAGCUUUUGGUUUUCUGUAUGGUAAUAAUGAAAUGUUUAAGGACAUGUCUGUUUUCAGUAUAAACCUAUUCUUUAUAAUUACUUGUCCUAGGUGUCAGGAAGUGGGAGAUUAUCCAUUGUGUAUCUAAAAGCACACUUGUGCUUUGUUAUUUAUUUGCACAAUGCAACCAAGAUUGAAAUGCAUCUUGAGUUUUGGACAAAUACAUAGGAGACCAUGUCAGUGUCUAAUUAGAAUUUGCUGGGGACAUCAACUGGCUGAUUAACCGUGUUACAUGGGAUGCCUGGAGAUAUUUGUAAAGUGCAUGUUUAUUGGUUCCAUGACUAGUUCCAGGUAAUGAGUACCCUGUAAGAUUAUAUUUUUUUUAAUGCUACAUAGCUUUAGACUAUUGGUUAAUAGGCCAGUAAACCUAAAACAAAAAGUGACCUUAUGUAGAAGAGCUUCAGCUGCAGAUAUAUAUACUAUAUCUAUAAAUGUAAAAGUGUU